UGUACCCACUGAGAAAGGUCAAGAAUGUUUAUACUGAGAAGAAUCUCAACAUCCUCUCUCUGCCUGAGAAGAAGUUUCCACACUCACCAGAACCAAUACCCUCUCCCAUGGUCUCAAUCUCUCAAGCACACCCCCACUCACUCUCUCUUCCAUAAACUAGCUGGGCUGUUCCUUUUCAAGCAAUUUGUUGGCGAUUUCUCUCCAUCGGAGUUUCUGCUAGGAGUCAAAGAUGCUGUGUAUGCAAUAGCUGGUACGAUUUCUAACAAGUCCCGACACAACGAACUAGAGCAGCUGCUCACGAGGAGACUGUAUGCAACCGUUAAGCCAUCGAUUGAUCAGUUACCAGUGGACGCAAGCGUACACUUGGAUAUCGAGUCACUGAGACACCUACAGCUGUGUACCGUACACGGAACAGUUGGCGAGGCGAUACCAGGUGAUGCAUUCGCUGUGAGGCUACUCGGACAAGAGCUAAUCGCAAGUGAAGCCAGUCUGGAGAUGUACUCGGAUAUAUUUUUUCGUGGGUCCAAAGCGGAUAGAAUGGAAGCAAGCAAUGCUGUACUAGCAAUGAAGGGAAAUUUCGAGCUAGGAGUGAGCUUCACUACAAGAGAGAAGUACAUUGUGUUUGGUGGAGAUGGUGCGGUAAUUGAUGGGUCAAACAAGUACAAAACAUGUCAACAUUUCUGGAAGUUUAGCUCCCCUGUGAAUUUUGAAUUUGAACAAGAGUGGGCUUAUCCUAUUGAUUGGACUGUAUCAGAUAUUAAUGAUUGGCUUAUAGACACAGAUUAAAUUAAAUAUAAUUAUAAUACUAUACCAUUUUUGCAUGUGUUAAAUUUCCGUUAAUA